AUGAAAAACUAUUGUUUGUAUGAAUUUAGCCUAUCCGAAAGAUUUCGUUUUCACGUAGCAAAAGACUGUUUUUUCGUUUCUGUUUUCAUGCAUCAAUUAACUAGUUUACUUUGCAACACUUUUUUGCAAUUGUCCUAUGACUUUGAUUCCGUCGAAGUAAUCUGAAUUUUUGAGAAAUCUUUUAUCCACUUUUCAUCAACAAGAACUCUCUUUUAUGCAAGCGUCGCUUAGUACGGCGUGGUUGAAAAUAUACCGGAUAGAGACCAUUAUGUUUCAAAGAAUUUUUCACAACUUUAAUUCCUUUUUCGGCAAAAGAAAUAAUUUCAUCUGAGAAACCUGAAAAGAAGACUUCAUCUAAACUUGUCAGCCCCCAUGUUGUACUAGAGUUGCUCGAGAUUUACUUCUCCCCGAAACACGGCAGCAGUACCCCUGCUGCAGGCGGGGUUCCGAGCUGGCGCACACUGCUACAACUGGUAGCACGACCAGAGAGGAGGCGCAGAAAGGAGAAGCAGCUGGUUAGUGCUGGCACCGCUUCUCCACGACCAGCUUUUGUGAACAACCGUGUAGGGGUGGAGUGGAGAGGACUCGCACAGAACCUGAAAAAUCAACAAACGACUCUUGUAACUACGGAACAGAGGCCGCCCCCGGUCCGAAAAAAUAAGUGCAGCAACCAAGAGUGAC